AUGUUCUCGUCUUUUUUUCAAGCCGCUAAAAAUUCGCCAUUCAAAACGCCAUUCAGCCAAGCCCAGUGCGAUGAGGGCAAAGCUGUCGGCCAGUUGUCGGCUUAUCCUAAGGUAGGUCAGCCUGGCCCCGUUGUUGGACGUGAAAUCGCGGCUGCAGCAGCAGCGUCAACGGAUUCCUGUGAGUUUGGCAGCAACAAAUAUUUUGCGCUGUGCGGUAUUGGUGGCAUUUUGAGUUGUGGUACCACUCACACAUUUGUGGUGCCAUUGGAUUUGGUCAAGUGUCGCUUGCAGGUGGACCCAGCCAAGUAUAAGAAUCUAGUUCAUGGCUUCAAGGUCACGGUAGCUGAGGAAGGUGCUGUUGGUCUGGCAAAGGGCUGGUUCCCAACUUUGAUUGGAUACUCGUUGCAGGGUCUUUGCAAGUUCGGUUUCUAUGAGGUGUUCAAAAUUAAGUACGCCGAUAUUCUUGGCGAGGAGAAUGCAUAUUUGUAUCGCACCUACAUCUAUCUUGCCGCAUCGGCAUCUGCUGAGGUAUUCGCUGAUAUUGCGUUGGCUCCGUUCGAGGCGGCCAAGGUUAAGAUUCAGACAGUUCCCGGUUAUGCUAACACAUUCCGUCAAGCAGUACCAAAGAUGUUGUCAGAAGAGGGCAUUGGAGCUUUCUACAAGGGUUUAGUGCCAUUGUGGAUGCGUCAAAUUCCAUACACCAUGAUGAAGUUUGCGUGCUUCGAGCGUACUGUGGAGCUUCUCUAUAAAUAUGUGGUGCCCAAGCCACGUACAGAGUGCUCUAAGGGAGAACAAUUGGUUGUUACCUUUGCCGCUGGUUAUAUUGCUGGCGUGUUCUGCGCUGUUGUCUCGCAUCCAGCUGAUGUGGUCGUUUCCAAGCUGAACCAGAGCAAGGGUGCCAGCGCCGGAAGCGUUGUCAAGUCGCUGGGCUUCAUGGGCAUGUGGAAUGGAUUGACACCACGUAUCAUUAUGAUUGGUACACUCACUGCCUUGCAAUGGUUCAUUUAUGACGGCGUCAAAGUAGCUUUGGGUAUUCCCCGCCCACCACCACCAGAAAUGCCCGCUAGUCUGAAGGCCAAGGAGAAGAGCAAGUAAAUGGCUCAUAAUUACCGAAAACAAUGAAAGCAAACAGCUAAAUCUUUGAAUUAAGGCUAAUUCAAAUUCAAGAUCAACCCAAUAGUAUAAAACGGGACGGCAAAUCUAAAUUAAUGAGUUGGCAAAGAUAACAUACCAUAUAUUAUGUACUUUACUUCACAAUGCGUGUGCAUUUGAUUCGCAUUUUAUUUAUAAUCAACUUUCGGCUAUUAUGCAUUCCGAUGUUACCAGUUGAAGAUUUUUCAUAAUGAUUCCAAGAAAACUAAUUAUUUAUCUAAACUAAUUAUAAUGUAUUCCAUUCCAAAACUACAUGCAUACUAUUAGUUGUCAUAUGUAUGUUUAUGUUGAUAAGCCUACAUAUACUCUAAAAUGUCUUUUGUAUUUGAUAUUUGAUAUUUGUAUGUUGUUUUUCCAAACUCAAUGAUAAUUACCGAUUAACAGGUCUCAGAAUAUGGUAUGUAAUAGAUAAUAUAAUUCAACGCUUAAUUGCCGCAUAGAAAAUUCCACAGACAUUGAAUAAACUAAAAAAUACAAACA